AUGUUGUCGAUUAUUAUCACUUUACUGGUGAAUCUCCUCAUAAAGGCUUCAGAGUCGUUUAUUGUGAUGGUUCCUGCUGAUCCUGUAGAGGCUCAUGUGGGAUCCUCAGUGAUUCUGUCCUGCUGGAUCUCUCCUCCUGAGAACGCUGAAGCUCUGGAGAUCCGCUGGUACCGUCACGACUUCAACAACCCUGUUCUGCUCUAUAAUCACGGGAAGAUCCAGGACACGCAGGAGGAAUCGUACAGGAACAGAAGCGCACUGAAGCCAUGGUCAGAUCAGUCUGGUGGACUGAAGGAUGGAGACGUCUCUCUACGGCUGGAGAAACUCAGAGUUCAGGAUGAAGGUCCGUUUCACUGUUAUGUGAGUGGAGACACAGUAUAUGACAGCCGAGAGAUAGCUCUCAAAAUCACUGAUUCAUCAGAUUCAUCAGAUCCAUCAGGUCCAUGGAAGGCUCUUUUCUUCAGCGUUCUCAUCUGUGCUCUUCUGGGGUUGGUUGGGUUGAUCCUCUACAGAUACAGACACAAACUAACAGGACAGAAACCAGCUAAAGAAAGCUGUGAAGAAGAAACUAUGGAGAAACUGGCAAAAGAAGAGCUGGAGCGGAGCGGAUCUCCUGUCGAAGAACAUCUCCAAAGCGCCAUGAACCAUCUGACUAUUGUGGGAGAAGAUGCAGAUAUAGAAGAACUGAGGAAAUAUGCAGAUCAAAAGUUUGGUAUUGAUCGUCAGCAUGCAUAUCCAAAUCUGACGAUUUCUCAGGACAGUAAAUCCAUGAGGGAUCAUCCAGGAUAUAAUCACACUGGAGAGGCAUUUCCUUACAAAUUAUGUGCAUUUGGAGCCCAAAAAUAUUCUUCUGGUCGACACUAUUGGGAGGUGAUGCUGGUACAAAAAAAUGCACCUCCCAAAAACUACUGGUUAAUUGGUGUGAUGAAAGAUGAAAACGUUGCUGUAAAAAAGAAACUUGCUUUAACUCCAUCAAACGGAUACUGGUUCCUGUGUUUAGAGGGACAAAAUGGCAUUUACAGCAACACUGAUCCACAAGUUAAACUCUCUCUGACCCCGAGACCUGAGCAACUGGGAGUUCUGUUAGAUUAUGAUGACGGUCAGCUGUCAUUUUACAACGUCACAGAGAGAAAACAUCUCCUGACCAUCAGCAGCAGAUUCUCUGGAUCAGUCGUUCCUCUGUUCAAUCCUGGAGUGGGUGAUCCGAGUCCACUUAAAAUCCUGGAUUGUCCCAAAGCUGUCAAAUCAGCUGCAAAGUCCAGUCAGCCUUUCCUGAGUCCGGAUUCUACACCAGCCAAGAGCAGCACAAGCAACACGUCAAAAGCAAACAGAAACAGUAAUACUGUCAGUAGUACUGUAUAAACUGGAUGUGACACCGCGA